AAUCGCCAGCUGUUCGGUCGCGCAUGGAACCUGGUCUAUGUUUGUUUUAAAUUUCGAUCGGAACGGAAUGGUUGCGGACGCUCGCUCAUCGAAAGUAUUUUAAAAUUGCGCAUUUCGGAAGCCAUCGUUGUAAAAUAAGAGAUGCAGUGAAAUUCUGAGAACCACGCUCCGUAAACAUCUCACAUGGGCGAAAAGUGCGCGAAAAUUUCGGAAAACCCCACUAAGUUAUAGACCUGUAAAUCACAUUGAAAGCCCACGUAAAUAGUAAUUAAUUCGGAAAGUGCAUGACAAACUGUUGACCAUACUUUCGUGGGCAGUGCGUUUGUUGGCGAAGCCAAGGAGAAGAUAUCGGAUGUUCGUGGGAUCCAAUAGAGUUAUAUACCGGGUCGAACUUUUCAUUCAUUAACUGCGGUGCGUUGGUGUCGCCGGCUUAUCGCCGCCUUUUUUCGGUUCCAGUUUCAUUGAACUUUCCUGAUCGGUCGAACCUAUCUGUGGGUUAGUCAGUUAAAAGAGGAAGUGUUUAAUCGAUCGCGAUUGUACAACCAAUUACCGGCUUUAUCAUCUAGUUCGAAACACUUGGAACGACGGAAACUAUAAAUAGAAGGUGAAGUGACCAAAUAAAACGUAGACAGCACUCAAGUAAACUCAAUCGCAUUUGUGCAGUGCAGUGUGUUGAAGCUACAAUUAUAUGAAGUGAAAAAAAAUCACAUAGCUGGAGAUUCACUGAAACCAAGCGGAAAAGUCUAAGAUAUCAACAGCUAAGGUCACAAAGCCAUGAAGCAGUUUCUGGCCGAUUUGCUGGUGUUUUGAGCGCAGCAGCUGAGACGCCGGAUAAGCGUCCAGGAAUUGAAGCUUUGCUGAGGUUUUCCCUUUACCCAAAACGAUGAUGCAGCACACCAGCUUACGCCUGGCCAUUGGCGGCCUGAUACUCCUCCUGUUUGUGCUCCAUGUGCUCGGCAAGGAACAGGGAUCGCAUUCCCACAAACGCGGCCACUCGGCGAAGAGAUUCUCGCGUGACUCGAACUCGGCCCGCGAGCGACGACCAAACAUUAUCCUCAUCCUGACCGAUGACCAGGACGUGGAGCUGGGUUCGCUGAACUUCAUGCCACGCACUCAGCGGCUGCUUAAGGACGGCGGAGCCGAGUUCCGGCACGCCUACACCACCACGCCCAUGUGCUGUCCGGCCAGGUCGUCGCUGCUCACCGGCAUGUAUGUGCACAACCACAUGGUGUUCACCAACAACGACAACUGCUCCAGUCCCCAGUGGCAGGCCACGCACGAGACGCGCUCCUAUGCCACGUAUCUCUCGAACGCCGGCUACCGCACCGGGUAUUUCGGAAAGUACCUCAACAAGUACAACGGAUCCUACAUCCCACCUGGCUGGCGGGAGUGGGGCGGUCUGAUCAUGAACUCCAAGUACUACAACUACAGCAUCAAUCUGAACGGACAGAAGAUCAAGCACGGCUUCGACUACGCCAAGGACUACUAUCCGGACCUGAUAGCCAACGACUCGAUCGCCUUCCUGCGCUCCUCCAAGCAGCAGAACCAACGGAAGCCCGUCCUUCUCACCAUGAGCUUCCCGGCGCCGCACGGUCCGGAGGAUUCAGCCCCCCAGUACAGUCAUCUCUUCUUCAAUGUGACCACCCACCACACUCCAUCGUACGAUCAUGCCCCGAAUCCGGAUAAGCAGUGGAUCCUGAGGGUCACCGAACCCAUGCAGCCCGUGCACAAGCGCUUCACCAAUCUGCUGAUGACGAAGCGCCUGCAGACACUCCAGAGCGUGGACGUGGCCGUGGAGCGGGUCUACAACGAGCUGAAGAAUCUCGGCGAGCUGGACAACACGUACAUUGUGUACACCUCGGACCACGGCUAUCAUUUGGGCCAGUUUGGCCUGAUCAAGGGAAAGAGCUUUCCCUUCGAGUUCGAUGUGCGAGUGCCGUUCCUCAUCCGUGGUCCAGGUAUUCAGGCCUCCAAGGUGGUCAAUGAGAUUGUGCUGAAUGUGGACCUGGCUCCCACUUUUCUGGACAUGGGUGGCGUGCCCACGCCGCAGCACAUGGACGGACGCAGCAUACUGCCUCUGCUGUUGAGCAGGAACCGCGCUGUGCGGGACAACUGGCCCGAUAGCUUCCUCAUCGAGAGCUCCGGCCGAAGAGAGACGGCCGACCAGAUAGCCGAGUCACGUUCCCGCCUCCAAGCCGAGCGGCGAAACAUGAAGCUGGUGAACAGUUCGCUGCUUGAAGAUUUCGUGGACGGUGGAGGAGAGAUUACCAGCACCACCACCACCGUUUCGAGCAGCAGCACUGCCGCCACUCUGAUGAGUUCCACCAUGCAGCAGCAGCAGCAGCGAGAGGAUGCGGAUGAGGACGUGGAAACGGACAACGAAGAGGAUGAAGCAGAUGCUGAUGGUGACAGUUCGGCAGCGGCCCUGGAGGAGGAGGAUCUCGAGGAUGCUGCCGUUGAAGAGGGCGACGAGGAGCUGAUCGAUCAGGAGUUCCACCAGGACAACGAUCUACCCCUGGCCCCAUACAUAACCAAGAUGAUGCGCCUCAACUCGGAGUGCUCGGAUCCGGCCCUGCUCAAAAACUGCCUGCCCGGCCAGAAGUGGAGGUGCGUCAAUGAGGAGGGUCGUUGGCGCAAGCACAAGUGCAAGUUCCAUCUCCAGUUAGAGCACCAGUUGGCGGCCAUGCCGCGAAAGCAAUAUCAGCGCAACUGCGCUUGCUUCACGCCCGACGGAGUGGUCUACACCAAGAUCCGCGCCCCAUCCGCCGGAUUGCAUCGCGUAAGCAAGCGGACACACCAUGGCCCGGGCCGGCGGCGAAACAAGCGGGAGGUGUUUCACACGGAACUACCCUUCGAGAUGGAAGAGUUGCUGGGUCUCGACCGGGUCGUCGAUCAACUGGCCGAGCACACGCAUCGCAGCAAGCGGGAUUUGGGCGGAAGUAGCUCUAACGAGUCGAUUGCCCAGGUCAUCCAGCAGAUACAGAGCACUCUGGAGACCCUGGAGCUCAAGUUCAAUGAGCACGAGCUGCACGCUUCCAACUCCAGCACCAACUUCCUGGAGCGAGGCGGUCAUCGGUGCUUUGUGGAUGCGGCCACGGGUAAGGUGAACUGCUCCAAUGUGAUCUACGACGACGAGAAGACGUGGCGCACCUCCCGGAACCAAAUCGAUAUGCUGAUCAAGCUCCUCAAGGACAAGAUUGCCAAGCUGAAGGAGAUGAAGAAGCAGCUGAGGGAGAGCAACAAGCAGGCGUUGGCCGCUGGUCGGCGGACCGAAAACCGCCGGCGCACUGAUCCCACUCUAGACAGUGGAGCCGGGCCGGAGUUCAACAUGAGCUACUUCACCGAGGUGAGCAGCACGCCCAAGACGAGCAUCGUCGCCGGCCAGAAGGAAGUGUUCCGCGGGUAUGGGAGUGCCAAUGCAUUCGAUUCCUUGGAAGAGCCGCAGACCCAUCGCUUUUCCCCGCGGGCCGAGUGCUAUUGCGAACCCGAUGUGGGCGAGAGCCAUGCCGACUCCAAGGAAAUGGCCCGCGAGGCGCGCAGGAAGCUGAAGGAGGAGCGACAGCGCAAGAAGGAGCGCAAGCGCAUCAAGAAGGCCCGCCUGGAGAAGGAGUGCCUGUCCGAGAAGAUGAACUGCUUCUCCCACGACAACCAGCACUGGCGCACGGCUCCCCUCUGGAAUGACAGUCCCUUCUGCUUCUGCAUGAACGCCAACAACAACACCUACUCCUGCCUAAGGACCAUCAACGCCACUCACAACUAUCUGUACUGCGAGUUCACCACGGGCCUCAUUACCUUCUACAACCUGACCAUUGAUCGCUUUGAGACCACAAAUCGCGCAGCAAGUCUAACGCCUGGAGAGAGAUCCCACAUGCACGAUGCGCUGGAUCAGUUGAAGGGUUGCCGGGGACGCAGCUGCAGCAUCCGGCGACAUCAGUCGCACCUGGAGAGCGGAUCCAGUGCCCCACUGCUGCCCAUCAAUCAGGUGCACCGCAACAACAAACGAAAGCACUCUCCCCUCGCGGGAACAGUGGGCAACUUUGGCUUCGUAGGCCCACGACUUGACAUGGACGGACUGCCGCCGAUGAAGCGGCGCAAGCUAUCCAAAUACAACCGAUUGACUGGCUCGCAGCAGACGCAAUUGAAGCGACGUCCCUGGAAGCAGCAGCCCCUCCAGCAGACCCCGAGAUUCUUGGCCACGCAUUCUGUGACCCCGGCGGCGGCCUAAAGAUUGAGCUGGACCGAGCUGGACCACCACACAUAUCCUAUGCGUACCUUUCGUACCUUGCUUGCCUGCCAGCCUGCUCCUGUUGUUUGGUUUGCCCCAUUGGAUUAUUGGAUUUCUUCAUACAUAAAUAAGACUGUGUUUUAAUCUAUCUACUUACGUUUAGAGCCGUUUAACCAAACUGUGUGUAGUCCAGUCCCUGCUACAUUUGGCUUGCAAUAUUUAUAUAAUUAGAGCUGAACAUUUGAAUUAGCUCAUAGGUCACCUAAUUUGUACAUAAAUUAGUACAUUAGUACCGAAAUUCUUCGUAAACUAAAUAAAUUAUUUAGCAAAUUGGUUAAAUGUUAAAUUAGUUGAGCAUACGUAGCAAAGAAUUCAAUUGUAUGUAGCAAAUGCAAAAGAAAUUGUAUUUAUUGGCCAAUGCUAAAAGAUCAGUGUUAAUGUGUAUUAGAAAACUAAAACCAUAUUUAUGCCGACUAGAUACGUUAUAAUGGUUAAGUACCCCACCCGAAUUCCCAAAGACGUUAUGUAGCAGCCCCGCUUGAAAACGAACAAAUAUAUUGUAUCUGCCACGUUAUGAAUGUCAUAAAAUUAACUACAAAUUAAUAUAAAAAUUCUAUUAUUUAUAAAAAGCAUCAAGUAAAGUUGCAAAUAUUAAAAUUUUAUCACAAAUA